AAACGACGCAAUUGUCAAGUUUCCCUUUUCUCUUCGUUCGUUUUCUUAAAACCUCUGUAAGUCAUAACCCUAACUUCUCUCAUUCUUCAUCUUCCUCCACGAUGGCCACCAACACAACUACAGAGAAUGGCUCCACUGAUGCCAUUCCCAACCCUCUAAGCUCCACACUUCCCUCUUUAGCUGCUGCAGAACCGGACUCUACAGAAGCCGGUGACGAUGAUUCCGAUUCCGAUCCUUCUAACCAAGACUACUCAUCUGUUCCUCCUUCCGAUUCUGCAGCUCAUGAACCAUCCAAUCAUACCGGCCCUUCCGAUAAAAAGUGGCCCGGAUGGCCCGGCGACUGCGUCUUCCGCCUUAUUGUGCCGGUUGUUAAAGUUGGCAGCAUUAUUGGGCGCAAGGGGGAUCUUAUCAAGAAGAUGUGUGAAGAAACUAGGGCUAGAAUUCGUGUUCUUGAUGGUGCUGUUGGCACUCCUGAUCGCGUUGUGUUGAUAUCAGGAAAAGAAGAGCUUGAGUCACCCCUUUCCCCUGCUAUGGACGCAGUUAUAAGAGUCUUCAAACGUGUGUCUGGAUUGUCUGAGAAUGAAGAUGAAGCUAAAGCCUCAUUUUGUUCAAUUCGGCUAUUGGUGGCAUCAACUCAAGCAAUCAAUCUAAUUGGAAAACAGGGUUCAUUAAUCAAAUCUAUACAGGAGAGUACAGGGGCCUCUGUAAGAGUAUUAUCGGGAGAUGAGAUGCCAUUCUAUGCUGGUGCAGAUGAGAGAAUGGUGGAAUUGCAGGGAGAGUCCUUAAAGGUUCUCAAGGCUUUAGAGGGAGUAGUGGGCCACCUAAGGAAGUUUUUAGUUGAUCAUAGUGUUCUUCCUCUUUUUGAAAAGAGUUUCAAUACACCUGCCUCACAAGAUCGCCAAACGGAAACCUGGGCUGACAAGUCCUCACUUCUUACUGCAUCUCAAAGCAUAAUCUCUGCCGAGUAUGCUCCGUCUACAAAAAGAGAAUCUCUAUUUCUUGAUCGUGAAGCUCAUUUUGAUUCUCAUAUUUCAUCAUCUGGUAUUUCUCUAUAUGGGCAAGAUCGAGUACUUCCUACUAUUCGAUCAUCAGGUGUUGGCCGGUCUGGGGGACCUAUUGUAACUCAGGUUACUCAGACAAUGCAGAUCCCGUUAUCGUAUGCUGAAGAUAUCAUUGGGGUUGGAGGAACAAAUAUUGCAUUCAUCCGUCGUAAUAGUGGUGCCAUCUUAACCAUCCAAGAGAGCAGGGGAUUACCCGAUGAGAUAACUGUGGAAAUAAAAGGCACUUCAUCACAAGUUCAGAUGGCUCAGCAAUUAAUUCAGGAAGCAGUAAAUGCACCCAAGGAACCAGUAACAAGCAGCAGCUAUGGAAGGCUGGACACAACAGGAUUGAGGUCAUCUUACUCCCAGUUGGCUGCUUCAGGUUCAUCCUUUACUUCAUCUUCUUUAUCUUCACAGUCAUAUGGUGGAUAUGGGUCUUCUGGUUUAGGAGGCUACACUACCUUCAGGCUCUGAAUUGAUUGAUCUGCAUUGAUCCAUAUCCACUUGGAUUAGUGGAUCCGUUUCGGAUUCAUUAAUCCUUGCUAAAGAGAAUGAAUGAAUUAUGUUGGAAUGUAGUUGUUGUAAAGUCAGCCUGAGUUAGUUAAAAACAUUCUCUUUUCUUUUUCUUUUAACCCUCUUUGGCAUAUCUAAACUCAUUCACCUGGGUAGAUUUGUCUUAUGUUUUUCUUUUCUUCUUUUUCAGUGUUAAAUGUGUUUGUUUCUUAGGGGUUUUUUUUUUUCUUUCUUCCAGAACUGUUUCAUUUGGGAGAAACUAAUAUUAGCUUAAAAAUAUUGAACAACUGGAACAA